AGUUGGCGAGAGAGCUAUGCCACGACUCUGGGCGCUUUAUUUACUUUUCCAUAUUGGAUGCAUCCUUUUUAGCGAUGCAAGCCACGUUUGCUUGGGUCCCAAUCAGUGUGUUCCCAAAGAAAAUUGCCAGCAGCAGAAGCCUUUCCCUGACCUCAGUUGUAGUGACUCAGAGGUCUGCUGUGAGAAGUCCAAUGUGAUUGGCAUAACCUAUAGACCUUCAGUAUCUCCACCAAGCAUACUGUGUGGCAUGAGUAAUCCGAUUGGUCUCGAUGAAUACAAACAAGUAAAUGGCACCCAGGCGAGACCUGGGCAAUACCCCUGGGUUAUGGCAUUGUUUAGCAAGGGGAAAUACUUUGGAGGCGGUUCUCUGAUUACUCCUGGAUUAGUACUAACGGCAGCACAUAUUCUGAGGCACCAUUCCCUUGCCCACAUUAUGGUCAGAGCUGGCGAAUGGGACUUGUCCUCCAGUAAAAAACUGCUUCCGAUCGAGGAACGCCGUGUGACUAAGAUCGAGUCCCAUGAGGCAUUUGACUACAUAACCGGAGCUAACAACUUGGCGCUUCUCUUUUUGGAUUCGCCUUUUCAGUUAAAGGCUUACAUCCAGACCAUUUGCUUACCCAUUCCGGAAAAGUCGUUCGAUGGAAGGCGCUGCAUGGUUGCCGGUUGGGGCAAGAGAUCAUUUGAAGAUGCACAAAUUUUGUCCAUACAACAGAGGGUCGUCCUGCCCAUAGUCGAAACUUUAAAGUGCCAGGAUCAGUUGAGACAAACGGCCUUAGGCGGCAAGUAUCAGCUUCCUGCUAGGAUAAUUUGUGCCGGCGGAGAACAGGGCAGGGAUAUUUGCUCUAAAUUUGGAGGAUCUGCCCUUUUUUGCUCCUAUGACGACGAACCCAAUCGCUACGAGCAGGUCGGAAUCGUUAAUUUUGGCGUAGGGUGUGGCCAGGAAAAUAUUUCGGCGACCUACACACAAGUUUCUGAAUUCAGAGAGUGGAUUGAUCCGCAUUUGGAGCAAGUGGUCAGCGUGCCAGGAAAUUUGGUUACUAUCGUGCAGGGUCAUCUUCGAAAAUAAGAAAAUUUCUUUGAAAUUUUGUAUAAUGAAAUUAAAGAAUCCCAAAAAAUGGUAUAUAUUUUCUUUUCCGUUCUUAUAACUUUUCAAAAAAGCACACCAAAAUACUGUGUUUCCAUGUCAUCCCGAAUCGUCUAUACC